AUGCAAGUGGCCAGCACACAACAAUACUUGCAAGUGGAGGGAAUUCCAGAAGGUUGCUCCGAAGACCAGGUGAAGCAAAUCUUCGGGCAAUAUGCGACGAUUGUCUCUGUCAAGUCUGUGGCUGGCAAAGGAGCUGCUACACAAUGGCUGCUUCAAUUCAGCACAGCAGAGGAAACCAAGUACAUCCAUGAGACUUUGGGCGGAAACAUUCCGCAAGGUCUACAGAACCCUGUUGCCAUAAGACCUGCAGGAUCAGGUCAAGAAGCUAUGGAGGAUCAGCGUUCUGUGCAGAUGCUGGCAGGGAAGGGAAAGGGCAAGACAGACUUCCCACCUCAUGUGACAUUGUAUGUGACUGGCCUGCCUCUGGGCUCUAAUGAGGACAGCCUUCGUGAUUUCUUCAAUCAGUAUGGGGACGUAUACAGCAGCAAGGUGCUGCCUGUGUCUGGUGGAAAGUCUACCAUGGCAGGUUUUGUUCGCAUGCCUGAGUUUGAGGGCGGAUGGUGUGUGGAGAACUUGAAUAACUUCCAGCCUGAAGGCUACAGCAUGCCGCUCCAGGUGACAUUUCCGAAAGAUUCCUCCGACAAGGGCAUGGGCAAGGGUGGCAUGGCCAGCAAGGGUGAUCAUGAGGCCUACGCGAUGUCCAACGGAGGCUCUGCCUUUGGAAAGGGUGACUAUGCCGACUUCAAGGGUGACAGCAGCAAAUCUUGGAAUGAGAAGGGCGCCUGGGGCAACGGCAACGAUGCGAACGAGGUGAAGAGUGUUUUCGGUGGGGGCAAAGGCUCCUGGUCCUGGGACAAAGGAUCCAGCAAAGGUGCAGCGCAGGGAAAGGACACUAAGGGUUGGGGCAAAGAAAAGGGUUCCGACAAAGGGAACUGGGGAUGGGACAGUGGUUGGGGAAAGGGAUGUGGCAAGGCCGCAAAGGGCAAGGGCAAGAAGCCAGGACCUUAUUAG